AAGGUCGUUGAUUCCCCAGCGUUCUUCUUGUAUUAUGCAGCAUACGUGAAGCAAUCCGAAUGAAUUUCUUCUCUCCUAUUCGUUUACAGCUGGCGACAGAAUUUCAGCUGGCCGCAAUGAAAACUCUAGAAUUAAGCGUAUAAGUGGAUCCUAAAGUGUACACGCGGUUGAUCGUGAUCUGAGCGUCCAAGGGAGAACAGACCUGCGACAGAUUUUCGGGGCCAGGUGCAUGAAAAGCGCGACAAUGUCACUCUAUAUUACGCUGUUUACGAUUGCCCUCUUCUUCACAAACGUGUUGGCAUUUGUGGCAAUGUACGUACGUAGUCGAAAACAAAGCCAAACAGGCGAAAAACGAAGUUAUGGCUUUUUUCAUCCAUACUGCAAUGCUGCAGGCGGCGGCGAACGUGUUCUUUGGACAGCGAUCUUGACCAUCCAGGAAAACUAUCCAGAUGUGGCCAUUGUCAUCUACACAGGAGACACCGAUGCCACCCCAGAUGAGAUCAUUGCGAACGCAGAAAGGGUCUUCCAAGUGCGGCUGCUUCGUCCAGUACAGUUUGUCUAUCUUCAGUCGCGUUUUUUGCUUGAAGCCAAGUAUUAUCCAGUGUUUACAUUGCUGUUGCAGAGUCUAGCCUCUGUGCUAGUUGGUCUCGAAGCUAUCCUAAAAUUCACUCCAGAUGUCUAUUUUGACACCAUGGGUUUCGCUUUUACAUUGCCAGUAUUCAAAAUGUUUGGAGGAUGUCAAACGGCUUCGUAUGUUCAUUUCUCGACGAUAAGCACAGACAUGCUGUGCGCUGUUCACUCGCGCCGUCCCGGAGUAACUAAUCGUGAAGUGAUCUGCCGAAGCCGUAUACUCAGCAUUGCCAAGCUUAUAUACUACAAGGCUUUCGCCGCAAUCUACGGCUGGAUAGGUUGUCUGUUUAGCGACACUACGAUGGUGAAUUCCAGCUGGACAAAUGGGCAUGUUUCAGAAAUUUGGGGUGUAACAUGUCAUCUUCUCUACCCGCCGUGUUCUGUGGAAAAAUUCUAUGAUUUGAAAUCUAUUGCAAAUCCUGAAAAAGAGUUUCGAAUUGUGUCUUUGGCGCAGUUCAGACCUGAAAAGGAUCACCUAAAGCAGCUCGCCGCGCUUAAGGUUCUACAGAAGCAGCUAGCUCCUGAAGAGUUUCAGCGGGUCAAACUUGUGCUCGUCGGAAGUUGUAGAAACCAAGAAGACCAGGAAAGGGUACAGGAUCUGAAGCUUCAAACCGACUUCCUUGAACUGAGUGACAACGUUGAGUUUGCCGUCGACGUCCAAUUUUCAGAAUUAAAAAAGGAGAUGGCGAAGGCUUCAGCGGCAAUUCAUACGAUGUGGAAUGAACACUUCGGCAUCGCCGUAGUUGAGUGCCUUGCAGCAGGACUGAUAACAGUUGUUCACGAUUCUGGUGGACCAAAGGAAGACAUAAUCCGACCGGGAUGUGGGUUUACAGCGAUUACAGCUGAGGACUUCGCAAAACAGAUCGCUCAGAUUAUCAGGAUGACUCCUUCCGAGAGGCAAAAGAUAAGUGAUGCAGCUAAGCGCUCAAUGGAUCGAUUCACGGAAGGUAAAUUCAAGAGUAGUUUUCUUAAGAUCGUGAGGACUUACAUCGAGAAUCAACGGCCGGCAGAACGCAUAACAACCUAAGCUGAACAUGCAAAGAGUUCCAAUUUGUACCAACCGCUGUUAUAUGUUCAAGUUAAAUACAACUUAAUGUAUAAAAUGAAAUACGGGGUGACUCGGUCGUCGCAACGGCGAAAACAGCCACCAAGUCAAGCCAAAGGUCUACCGACGGAUAACCGUCAGCUGGGACUUUCUCUACAUGAGGCGUUCAGUGUAACUUGUACUGUACAUUUUUCACCCAAAUUACGGUGCAUUUAAUACAUUCGAGCAUUACUUGUAAUUAUUUA